AAAAUGUUAAUUCGACAGCUCACAAUAAAAUCAAAAUGGCCUGCUCUGUUAGAAAAGUGCAACGGAGAGCUCAAGGGCAGGCAGUUUUACGAGCUUUUGUCCCACGCCAUUACUUCAGGUGUCUUAGCCCACGACUCGUUCGUCUCAAGCAAGCUCCUCCUUCGCUCUCUCCCUCACGGUCUCGGCUUUUCUCGCGCCCUUUUCUCUCAGAUUCAAAACCCAAAUGUCUUCGCCUGCAACUUCAUCUUCAAAGCCUACUCUCACAGCUCCUCCCCGCAAGAAGCUCUUUAUCUCUACAACUUCAUACGUCGUCGUUUUCCCCAUCUCCUACCGGACAACUACACCUUCCCUUUCCUCUUCAAAGCGUGCAGUCGUCUCCAGCUUCCCCACAAAGGCCAAGAGCUUCACGCUUUGACACUCAUUCUCGGACUGCAUGACGACGUUUUCGUUCAAAAUGGCCUCGUCUCUAUGUAUUCUGCGUGUGGCCUACUUGACUCUGCUCGUAAGGUCUUCGACUUGGUACCGGGUCUGGUUCGCGACGUGGUGUCUUGGAAUAGCGUUAUUUCUGGGUAUUUACAGAGCCAUCGCAACUGGGAUGCCCUCCAGGUGUUUGACGAAAUGCUCAGUGAUGGGUCUAUGAGGCCCGAUAAGGUGACUUUGGUCAGUGCUCUCACUGCGUCUGCGAGGUUGGGUUCUCUUGGUUUGGGGAGGAAAAUUCAUGGGUUGGUGCUUGGAAGCGGGUUUGCAUUGGAUGUCUUCCUGGGUUCGUCUUUGAUUGACAUGUAUGCGAAGUGCGGGCGCAUGGAUGAUGCUCGAAAGAUUUUCGACAGGGUUCCACACAGAAAUGUGGUGUCUUGGACUUCUAUGAUUGCAGGCUAUACGCAGUCAGGCUCGUUCAAGGACGCGAUAGAAUUGUUUCGUGAGAUGCAAUUAGAAGGAGUUGAAGUAGAUGCGGCAAUGGUUGCUUGUGUUAUAUCUGCAUGUGGGCAUUCGGGUGCAUUGGACCAUGGAAGGUGGGUGCAUACGUACUGCGAAAGAAGCGGCAUUGACAUGAACAUGUCAGUGAAGAAUGCUUUGAUUGACAUGUACUCCAAGUGUGGAGACAUUGAAAGGGCUCUUGAAAUUUUUCAUGGCAUGAGCUCAAGAGAUGUGUUUACAUGGACUGCCAUGAUUACAGGUCUUGCUAUGAAUGGGGAUUCUGUUAGGGCAUUGGAAAUGUUUUCACAAAUGGAAGCGUCAAGUAAUGUCAGGCGAAAUGAGGUCACAUUCCUCGGGGUCCUGUCUGCAUGUAGCCAUGGCGGUUUUGUGGAAAAGGGUUUUCGGUAUUUCAAAGCCAUGUCUGAAAUUUAUAAACUCGUUCCUCGCAUUGAACACUAUGGGUGCAUGGUGGAUCUUCUUGGUCGUGCUAAUUUGUUAAAUGAGGCUGAGAAGUUCAUAAGAGCUAUGCCCAUUCAGCCUGAUGUGGUCAUAUGGCGAUCUCUGCUUUUUGCAUGCAGGACUUAUGGGAACACAGAGUUGGCAGAAUUUGCUGCCAAAAAUGUUGAGAAUUUGGAACCAAGAAGGUUUGAGUCACGUGUUUUAUUAUCCAACUUAUAUGCUUCAACAUCAAGGUGGUAUGAUGUGAACAAGCUGAGGAAAGGUAUGCCUCUUCAGGGCAUCCAGAAGCAGCCUGGCUGCUCUCUCAUAGAAGUAGAUGGCCUUGUUCAUGAAUUCACUGUUGCAGAUUGUUUACAUAGUCAAACUCAUUCUAUAUAUGAGACUGUAAGAGGAAUUAAUAAAGUUAUACGAUCAGAAAUAUUUGCUUAGGGAUUUUGGAUUUUCAGCAACA